AUGCCGUCGUCGGGCCACAUUCAGGAUCUCUCCCAGGCCAGGGUCAUCCGUGCACUGCCGGUCACCAUGAGCCAGAUCCUGACAAAGCGGGCAGAUGGCGACCCGGCAAUACGGGCACUUUUGUGUCUUGGACCGUGGCUUGAGGAACCGGGGAGAGAUCCAGGCCCUGCAGUUGACUGCCGGACAGUACCAUCGCUCUGCAAGAGGAGUUGCGGCUUCAAAUGCACGCGAGAUGUAGACCCGUCUGGCCCGGGGGCCCAGAGCGGGUGCUACUUCUUUGGCGGGGAUCUCUUUGGCGCAGCAGCGGAUUGGGAAGAGACUCCUAUCCUUCAGAGCGAGGGUGACCAUCUCUUGGAUGCAGGGGCGGCAGUAUUUAUGGUCGCAUGUGGCGCUGACCAGCUUGGACGGUUUGACUUCCUUGUCGCACGAGACGCAUCUACUGUAAGGAAAGAAAGGUAUGUUAGUGAGGUCGAUUAUUUAUGGGAAUUCGUUGAUACUGACGUCUUCUUGGCCCUUCCGCUCUUCAAGACGAGCUUCAGUCUUUCUCUCAGACCAGGCCGCUUGUCUCGAUCUUCUUCUGGGAGGUGA